AUGGCGACGGAGUUUUAUAGAAGGAGUAAACCAAACAUGUAUGCAUUGCUUAAUAAUGAGGUCAUCUUCUCUGAUUCGGAAAUUCGCCACGAGGAGCUGCAAUUGCGAAUGAAGGAACGAUCGAAAACCAUCAAGAAGGUGAGCAGAAUGAUCGGGAAGUAUGAGGUGGGGCGAACUAUUGGCGAAGGCACGUUCGCCAAGGUCAAGUUCGCGAGAAACUCCGAAACCGGGGACAGCGUGGCCAUUAAAGUAAUGGCUAAGACCACUAUUCUCCAGCACAGAAUGGUUGAGCAGAUUAAAAGAGAGAUAUCCAUUAUGAAGAUUGUCAGGCAUCCUAAUAUAGUUAGAUUGCACGAGGUUUUGGCUAGCCGAACCAAGAUCUACAUAAUCCUUGAAUUUGUAAUGGGAGGGGAACUAUAUGACAAAAUUGUUCAGCAGGGAAAGCUUUCUGAAAAUGAAUCUAGGCGCUACUUUCAACAACUUAUAGAUGCGGUUGAUCAUUGUCAUAAGAAGAGUGUGUACCAUAGAGACUUGAAGCCUGAAAACCUUCUUCUUGAUGCUUAUGGAAAUUUGAAAGUUUCUGACUUUGGAUUGAGUGCAUUGACUAAACAGGGUGUUAGCCUUCUUCACACCACUUGUGGGACUCCAAAUUAUGUUGCCCCUGAGGUGCUCAGCAGUCAAGGAUAUAAUGGUGCAGCAGCUGAUGUUUGGUCCUGUGGGGUUAUCCUAUAUGUUCUAAUGGCGGGAUAUCUCCCUUUUGAGGAGGCAGACCUUCCAACACUGUACAGAAGGAUCAAUGCUGCGGAAUAUGUUUGCCCGUACUGGUUUUCUGAGGACACAAAGUCAUUCAUACAUAAAAUUCUAGAUCCUAAUCCUAAAACACGGGUGAAAAUUGAAGAAAUAAGGAAAGAUCCAUGGUUCCAGAAAAACUAUGUUCCUGUCAAACUCGGGGAAGAUGUGCAAGUGAAUUUGGAUGAUGUUCGGGCUGUUUUUGAUGAUAUUGAGGAUCAAUAUGUUGCUGAGCGGUCUGAAAUUACUGAUGGAGGUCCUUUGAUAAUGAAUGCAUUUGAGAUGAUUGCCUUAUCACAAGGGUUGAAUCUGUCGCCACUGUUUGAUAGGCAUCAGGAUUAUGUAAAGCGGCAAACUCGAUUUGUCUCCCGGAAACCAGCACAAGUUAUAAUUUCUUCUGUUGAAGCUAUUGCAGAGUCAAUGGGACUUAAGGUCCAUUCUCGCAAUUACAAGGUGAGGCUUGAAGGUGUUUCUGCAAACAAGGUUGGGCAAUUUGCCGUGGUCUUGGAGGUGUUUGAAGUCGCACCAUCCCUUUUCAUGGUUGAUGUUCGGAAGGCAGCUGGGGAUACUUUUGACUACCACAAGUUUUACAAGAAUUUUUGUACCAAACUCGGAAGCAUUAUUUGGAGAUCGGCAGGGAGCAUGUCAAAUUCUAAUAUGCUUAAGCAUAUGACUGUAUAA